GAGCGCCCAGCCUCUUCAAGACUCUCAUCCCCCCUAACGCGAUGCCCGACAUCCAUGUUGGCACACAAAUAUUCGACCUCAUAUUCCAUCCCUCGAGCUCGGUCGUGUAUCUAGGCCUACUCACCGGCCACAUCAAGGCCUUCGGCUACGACGACGAAGGCGAGCACGACAGAAAAUUCUCUGUCCGACCAUCCAAGCGGUCCUGCCGGGCGUUAGCAAUUGCCGCAGAUGGUGGCAGGCUGUGGGCGGCCGGAAAGGCAAAGGCGGUGUUCUCAAUUGAUACGGGCACAGGCCAGAUAGUUGACACUUGGUCCAACGCUCACGACACAGCCAUCAAUCGGGUGAAGAGCCUCACGCCGAAUCUACUUGCUUCUGGAGAUGAUGACGGAGUCAUUAAGCUCUGGGAUCUACGAAAGUCAGACUCCAUACGAACAUACACACAUCACUUCGACUUCAUCUCAGAUUUUCUAUGGCUAGAAGACAGCAAGCAGCUCGUCUCCACCAGUGGUGACGGGACGCUGUCCGUCAUAGACGUGCGCUCAAAGAAAACUGAACCCAUCGCGCAGUCAGAGGACCAGGAGGACGAAUUGCUUUCGAUCGUGCCCAUAAAAGGCGGCCAGAAGUUUGCCGUUGGCACCCAACUCGGCAUACUCUCCAUCUUCAACCGCCGCAGCGGUUGGGGCGACUGCGUCGACCGCAUCCCAGGGCAUCCUCACUCCAUCGACACACUCGCGCCCCUCCCCGCCGCCUACGCCCCGUCGCAGACGACCUUCCUCACGGGCUCCUCCGACGGGCUCCUCCGCGCGGUGCAGCUCUUCCCUACGAAGCUCCUCGGCGUCGUCGCCGACCACGGCGAGUUCCCCAUCGAGCGUAUUGCUGUGGAUCGAGGUGGCGAAGGACGUUGGGUCGGGAGUGCGGGGCAUGAAGAGGUGCUGAAACUCACAGACUUGCAGGAGGUCUUCGCGGAUGAUGAAGAGGAAGACGUGAGCGAGGGUGAAGAGAAGGAGAAGGUUAGCCAGAAGGACAGCGAGGAAGGCGACAGCGACGCUGAGGUGGAAAGCAGCGAAGAGGAGAUUGUACCAGGACUGCCGCCGGCUUCUCCGAGGAAGGAGCCUGCACCAGAAGCGGAGGCCGAGCCGGCUGCUGAUGCCCUCGCAGCGGGUGCCGACUCGAGCGACGACGAAGGUAUCGUAGAGAAAAAACGCAAACGCAAAAAGGAGAAUGAUCCCUUGAAGGCCGAAAAGCGGUCUAAAGGCCGGAACACGGUAGUCGCUGAGCCGUCUUUCUUUGCUGACUUGUAGUAUCUUGGCGUCCCCAUCACUUGCCGACUUUCCGUGCU